AUGGUCGUCCAGAGCACCGCGCAGAGCGUCGGCGUCAAGGGCGAGAUCGCCCGGCUGGAGGAGAUGUGCGUGGCGAUCCUCCGCCGCGUUAACGAGAUGCUCCUCCACAACGAGGACGAGGAGGGGGUGGAGAUGCAUGCGUUUCUCUUUCAGUGGAUUCUCACCGGGCAGCCCUCAUCACUGCUCGAGUUCUGGCCAGCGGCGGCAACGAAACGCGUGAUCGAGCAAAUCGGCGGGCGAGAAGUCCUCGACCGCCUCGAACUGGAUCCCAUUCAUAUUGCACGAAUGGCUGCAAUUAUGGAUUUAAACAGUUUCCUCGUCGAAAGCUUUUAUGCAGAGCGAAAGGGUAUGGCGUACUUCCCAGAGGCAGGCUUUCUAAACCAUAGCUGCGUACCGAACGCAACGUAUGAUAUCCUACCCGAACAUGUCUUUAAGGAAAGCGAAUACUACACCAAAGAAGAAACAUCUCAAACCCACAAAGAAAGGGAAGAAGACGAAGAAGAAAUAGAUGAUGAACUUAUGUCUAAAAGUCGUAUGGCGGUAUGUGGCGAUGAGGAGGAUACAAAAUCAAGCGUCAUGAUGAAAAAGGAGGGGGACAGCAUUUGCGCGCAUCGUGCUAACAACAACGAUAAUGGCACGGCUGAUGCUUCGUUUGACGAGCUAUCAAAUAGCUCUAGCCCGCAUCUAAAAGAUUAUUCCGUUAUAAAUCAUAACGAUACUCAGGAAAAGGAAAACUAUUUUAAAUCGCUUACGGAGUACGGCGCGCCAGUUUAUCUUUUUUGUUGUCGAACUACUCAGCCGAUUAAGGCAGGAGAAGAAAUCUUCAUUAGUUACGUCCCGCCCAAUUGGUCGUUUGAUAGUCGACAAUAUGUUCUGCACGAUCGCUAUCGAUUUUGGUGUAAAUGUGAAAAAUGCUCACCAAAAUUAGACCAAAGGUAUUCACGGAUUCCGAAACUUUUUGCCCUUAUAGUCAUUUUCACAAUAAUCCUGCAGACGAUUGUUUUUCGCAUACAAAACAACAUCAAUAUUGAGCAGGAUGAAGAGAACGAAAAUGCGCAAUGGCGACGGGAGCUAUCGGAGGAGGCACAGAGGAAAAUGCUGCAAGAUCGUGGGAUUGACGUCGAGGGUGUGCGCAUGGAAACAUGCCAAGUAAGGAAUAAGAAUAAGAGAAGAAGGGGGUUAUUUGAAUGGCUAGAAAAAAGGAAAUGGGAUGAUUUAAAUAAGUUUGAUGGGCAGAUGAUGGAUACGACAUACUUAGAGGAGAACGAUAUGUAUGCGAGAAAGCGUUAA